GCAAGUAGGUGGGCUCGACAGCACGGCUGCACCAAGGGAAAGCCCAAUAUGACCGCCUCUGACUUCUGCUGCUACAUUAACACCGACCUUCUACCCAACACCUCCCAUAGUCCAGGUUUUUCGCCGACAAUUAGUGUGAAAACAGCAUGCAGGUUUUUGUGUGACCUAGGUUUUCAGCGAGUGGAUUCGAGCAAGAAGGGCGUGUACAUUGACGGUCACGAAAGGCAAGAUGUGGUAGAAGAACGUACUAGAUAUUUAGACCGUGUGCAUGCAAUAGAAUCUAACCAUCUUCCUCCUCCCAGUCCAUCUGAUGUUUUGCAGGAACACGAGUCCGGUCAUAUGAAGGACCAAUCAGCCACUAAAUGGUUAGUUACGAUCUUUCAUGAUGAAUCAACUUUUCAGUCUAACGAGGACCAGCGUUACAUGUGGUGCCAGCCAGACCAGACUGCAAUCAAGCCAAAAUCAAGGGGUUCAGGUAGGAUGAAAAGCUAGGGAUUAUGUUCGAGCAUACAGAGAAGGCAAGAGGACUGGAAAUGAAGUGGAGGAUGCUGUGAAGUUGUACAAGAGUCAUCGAAGGGUCAAGGAGAACAGAUAGCUAGCGUUUCUAUUGAACUUAAGUGUUUAGACAUGUUAGAAUAAUGUUUCAGUCGCGUCUUGUAUUAUGUAAACUAGAUCACGUGACCAAUGGUAUAUUUUUAUUAUCAUGCCUAUCUUUGAGUGUCAUUCACACUGCAU